UAACGCGUGGCUUUGUAAUGGAUCUAUACAGCUGUUCCCGCAGUUCCUGCCUUUCGUGUGGGAUAAUUAAUGACUAAUUUACAGUAAUUUACUUCUCACUAUGCGCGUGGAACAGCAAUGGCAACAGUGAAAAGAAUAUCUAUCAAGGAGGAACCCUCUAGCGCCGGCUUCCCGUUUAUGGAACACCGCGAAAACGCUGAACAACUUGCAGGAGGCAACUCGACAGAUGCCACAAUGGAUUGGGGUGCUUCUGCUCAUGGAUCUAGCUCGUCAUCAUUAUUGGGACAUUAUGGGAACUUCAGUGAGCUUACUACAAGUGGCCACCCAGUGAGUCGAGUGGGUUCCAUCGUCAUCAAGGAAGAACCUCAAGACACUGUCCUUCCCGCCGCACUGGAAGACCAUGCAAGUGGCGAAGAACUUAUUACGGGAGACUGCACAGGAUUGACACCCGCUGGAGUCAUCCCUCAGAUCAAGCAAGAACCUGAAGAUUCCUGUGACACACUCCCCUCGAACUGCAACCCUUCAAACGCAUCGAUCAAAUCCGACGGCGACGAUGACCCCAAUCUUUCCCCACACGAUGGCACGCAGCACACCGAGCGCUGCGAUAUCGACGGAGAGUCGACAGAACCCGGAGACACCGCCGUCCUGCAGUCAACGGCGCAGGAAGAAGAGCCUCUCCGCGAUCCAGGAAAGCUGCAUAAAUGUGCGCACUGUCUCGCGUCAUUUCACCAGCUCAGGAGCCUGAAGCGUCACAUGCUGACCCACACGGGAGAGAAGCCGUACAAGUGCGAGCUCUGCCCCGCGGAAUUCGGCCGGCCAACGUACCUGAAGUACCACAUGCGGAUCCACACAGGUGAGAGGCCGUACAAGUGCGAAGCGUGCGCUGCGGCAUUCUGCAAGCCCGGAAACCUGAGGAGCCACAUGCUCAUCCACAAGACCGAGAAAACGCACAAGUGCCAGAUCUGCUCCGCCGCGUUUGCUCGGUCCAACGGCCUCAAGAGGCACGUGGCGACGCACGAGAAGCCGUACAGCUGCGGCAGCUGUUCCGCCACGUUCGCCCUGUCUGCGCAGCUCCAGCGCCACAUGAUGAAGCACACGGGCGCGGAGGAGAAGAAAUACAAGUGCGAGCUCUGCCCCGCGGCGUACAGCCGGCCCGAGAGCCUCAAGUCCCACGCGUGCAAGCACACGGGGGAGAGGCCCUACGCGUGCGAGCUCUGCCCCGCGGCGUUCACCCGUACCACGUACCUCAUGUACCACAUGAGGACGCACACGGCCGAGAAGCCGUACGGGUGCCAGCUCUGCCCCGCGGCGUUCACCCGGUCGGGGGCCCUCAAGUCCCACAUGGUGACACACACGGGAGAGAAACGGCACCAGUGCCAACUCUGCCCCGCGAGGUUCGGCACUUGGGCAACCCUGAGGGCCCACGUGCGCACGCACACGGGAGACAAGCCGUACAAGUGCGAGCUCUGCCCCGCAGCGUUCAUCCAGUCCUCGGAUCUGAGGUGCCACAUGAGGACACACACGAAGGAGAAGCCGUACAAGUGCAACCUCUGUCCCUCCGCGUUUGCUCGGUCUGGGGACCUCAGGAGACACGUCGCGAGGCACAACGGAGUGAAGCGAUUAAAAUGCGAAUACUGUCCCAGCACGUUCGCUCGACCCGAGGGUCUCGAAAAGCACAUGCCGAAACAUGCGGAUAGGAUCAAAUCCACUUCGACUGGCAACAGAAUCCAGUGCAAUCCAACCAACAACUGUGUUGUGCUCUACGUGACUAAUCCGGUAAUUCCACAGCUGGUCGUGCAGAUAUAAGAGACGGAAACCUGAAUGCUACUUGCUCUGUUCAGUGCAGUGCACCAAUGGCGUCAUUAAAGUGCCACUACGGACUCGGGGAUGGGGGUGGGAGGGGAGACGGCGUUUAUUUUAUUUAGUCCAUGAAAAGAAGGUGCCUCACAGAUUCUAUACGCAAAAUUUCAAUCCCGUUUACGAACGCUGUACGUUUCUUUCAAUCUUUAAAGAUCUGCUGAGCCUCCACAAUUUUCGACGACACAAGGAGCGAGUGACGUAAUCGUAAGCCCACAAAUUGCAAUGAUGUCAUGUUCUGGAGAGGGCACUUGUCUCCUAGCAACGACGCCAGCGUCCGGGGAGGGUCACGUGGUGAAGUCACGUGACAUUGGUCGAAAGGGAGGGGAAUGGGACACAUGUCUUCUCCCUCCUCUGUGUUUUCUCGAAGGUCGGAGCGGUCGGACGAUAUGGCUCCGCUAACAGAAAGCAAAAAGUCAGCUCCCCGGAAGACGCGAAAAAGGGCAACAAUGUUGCCAGAUGACAGUCGCAUGCUUUGUCGGAGCCUAACAUGGCGUCACGGCUCUCAAAAAUAAAAACUAAUUUUCUCUAGCUUUAGCGUCACGUAGAGCCAAAAUAUUUGUCACGAAUGUAAAGUGAGACAACAAAAUAUCCGUAACGUAACUGUGGUAGGAUUCUGAAGACACAAAAUUUAGUCCGUAGUGGCACUUUAAUGUGCACCUUAGGUAUAGGCCCUAGAGUCAAAAGAGGCAUGACUCAUCCACUAAAUGGCCAAGUGCACCUCUGCUGUGUGUAACACGAAUCAAAAUUUCCUACACCAUUUCAAAAGCAAAGUCAUAGAGGCAAGAAGAUGGUGACGGAAGCAAAGUGACGUAGUGACGUGUUUUGGUGCGUGGACGCCUGCUCUGUGGUGCACGUACACCUGAAAGUGACUUGCACAAAUUUGCAAUGAUGAAUGAUGCUCAAGGUAUUCUGAGAAAUCUCUGAGAAAUUUUAUCUACGAAUUGAUCGAGCCACAUCAGGGAAACCUGCCAUCGCUUAUCACCUGUGUUAGUGCGCUCAGCAAAGUCCUUCGGUGCUUGUGCUUUUGCUCGUGUGCUUCAGUGCAAUAUUCUUCAAAGUCGUCAUCGUCCAGAAGUAGGGGCUCCUGGUGGGGACAGACAGAAUCACUCAUUUAGGGAGUGUAAGAGUCGCUACUUAACAUACCCAGUGUGUGUGCGGAAGUGAACAAUGUGAACACGACAUCCAUCCAGUUGAACUGGCAUGAUGUGUGAAUGUGAAUAGUCAAGUGCUUGCGCUUGAAGGUGAAAUAAUCAUAUGCUCAUCAAUC